AUGCCGAUCAACCGUACACCGCCGCCCGCUUCGCCCGCGUCUGUGAGCUCUGAUGAUACAUCGCAAUCGCAGACAUCGCGGACGCGCGCAAUUUACGCGAUAGAACGGACGACAAAACUUCACAGUGAAUCGGGGCCUGAUAUUCCAUCGCUUACGUUAAAUGUUACUGAGCGUAAAGAAAGGAAACAUGACGGAGUGAAUCCUAACAUUAUGUCUUAUAUGAGUGAAAUGUUUUCAGUUUAUACGAAUGAACAAGCAAAGCAUUUCAAAGAUUUACAAACUAUAGUUUCUAGUAUAAAAUAA